UUUAACUAAUUUUUUUUUUAUUUUUAAGUGGUAUUGUCGAUGAAGUUUCUUGAUGGUAUUAGAGCCUUUUUUAUUCUUCUUCUACUAAAAAAUACAUGUAGUUUUUCACUGGCAACGUCCUCUCAAAAGGCUUUUAAUAUUUUUGAUUAUAUUUGUGAAAGUCAAAAAUUGAGUAAAUUGGUUUGGGACAAUGGAUCGAAUUGUGAUUUUAAUAUUUUUUUCAUUUUCGAUCACCCGAAUCCAUUAAAAGUAUCCGAACCUUUUGAGAUUUUUGACGCUUUCCCAGUUAAUGAAUUAUUAAGCCAAGUCCAAAGCAAGUAUCCCUUGUCAAGUUUAACAAGAAUCGAAAAAAUUCACGGCAACGAAAAGAUCGUUUUUAAAUCUACAUUAAUUAAUCGAUACACAAAUAGUGUUAAUGAUCAGCGAACAGAAAACAAAAGUAAUCAAUCAAUCGAAAUUUCAACGGGUUCAAGGAAACAAGAAGAAAAAACAGUUCCUGAAAAGGAGCGUAUACAUGUUAUUAUUGUUUCUAAAAAACCGUGUGGAGAUACAUCAUGUGUUUCGUCCAUUCCAACAAUAGACGAAAUAGAUGAAUAUCUUAAAAUAAAAAAACAACCGAUAAGAGAUGUAUCGGGAAUUCAAUAUUUUCUUGAAGUUCUAAAAAGUGGAAAUUACCAUUUGCUAAGUUACGAUUUUAAUCAAACUCUGAGUACAUGUCUCGCUGAUUCAUUAUGCCUGUCUCAUGAAUCAAACAUCAGAAAAAGAAUUUCGGAGACAAACAAAUAUAAUUUACAACAUGUCUGGGAAAAAGUAAAUCUUUCAAAAAAAUCAAAUAAAAAAAGAAAUUUAAUAUCUGUGUCACCAAAGAUAGGCGACCAAAAAUUAAACAACUCUCCUAAAGAACUUUUAACAACAAAAGUUCAUCACUUGAAUCAUAGAGAAAGGUUCAUUCAAACGUUUACGAAGAAGCAUAAAAUUUCAAAACAAAAAUAUUUAACUUGCAAAAGCAUAGAUGAGGCUUAUGAAAGUGCUGAAAAUGAUGGCUUCGAUCAACAAAAUGACUUGGAUAUCACGAGUUCCCUUGACGACGAAGGAAUUCAAACAGAACUUGAUAAAGUGAGUGACAAUAUCGAGGAUAUCAUCGGGAAAAGAGAGGCCAGUUUUUCUGACUCAAACGACUCCGAUGGGAUCAUUGAAAAAAACAUUGCAAUAAAUAACACGUUCAAAACGAACACAAAAAGAUAUUAUAAACUAAAAAAAACCGGAUGUGUCUGUAACGAAGUUUGCGGAAUCACGAUUAGUCGUCUUGCGAAAGGCUUGAAGCAACACCGUGAGUGUAUUGUGAACUACUUUUGUCCGAAUUCCAUGCAAGGACAACACCCAGGCCCCUCACUAGGUGGUAACCAACAGGAUCUUUCUAAAGAUACUUACUCCUUACCUCGAAAUGAAGAAAAAAUCAAUACAGACGCUACUCAACAAAAGGAUCCCUCUAAAGAUAAUAACUUCUUACCUGGAAAUGAAGAAAAAAACAAUACAGACGCUACUCAACAAAAGGAUCCCUCUAAAGAUAAUAACUCCUUACCUGGAAAUGAAGAAAACAACAAUACAGAAGCUGGAGAUAAACCUAACUCACUAAACGGUACUAACGAGUCAUUUCAAAAAAUUCAACCAAAUCGUAAAAAAUGUAUAACAACGCCUACAACUUUAUUCAACAAAGUCCCGUACUUUACACUAUCGUGUAACUAUAGAAAUCUUACUGUUAAUAGAAUCAAUACUAGGUGUAAUGAUAUGAGACCAACCAUCUACAUAACACUUGGUGAAAAAAGUACAGAUUCAAAAGAUAACGGUUUUGUCAUGAGAUCUGCCAUCUAUCAUGUCGAAUUGCAACUUAACAUGAAGCGUAUUUUAGAUUUUGAUAUUAAAAAAGUAGAAGAGACAAGUUUUGCAGGUCUCAAUGGUAAUGCACUUGAUCAAAAUUUAGCACAUAUGGAUUUAAAUUCAACUAUUAGCAAUAUUGUCGACUAUAUGGUGUACGAUUUGGAUGAAAACUGCAAAAUAAGCACUUCUACAUCACAUCUACCAAACGAUGCACAUAUAAUAUCGUUAUACUGUCAGAACGAGCCAGAGAAACGGGAAGCUUUAAAAUUAUUCAAAGCGUGUUAUACAUCAAAGUAUCAGUUUUUAUCGUCAAACGUUUUGUUUAUGGUUAAAACCAAGUUUCUGAAAAAUAUUAAUUAUACGGGUAAAACCGGAAGUUCUCUGUCUAAUGAAAAUUCUAAUCCUCAAUCGCAACCAUCCAAAGAAAAUCAUGAUUCCAUUAAAAAAAAUUCUUUGACGAAAUAUCCGAACGAUUUUGAAAUUACCAGUGAAAUUGAAGACAAUCGGACAAAAAUAGAUCAAAGUGACAUUUCAGUGAUGAGUUUGGAAGUUGAGAAAAAUUCAUCGGCUGGAAAUUCAAACUAUUUCCAUGUUAGAACAGUUGUGGGUCUUGUUGUUGCAACCUCACGAACAGUUCCCUGUAACAAUAAUCGCAUGAUAAAAUACAGUGGAAAUUCAUGCAACGAUUUUGUUACAAACGAAAACAGAAACCACGUGUCUUUUUUCCAUAUAGCUGCAGAUUUGCCUAAAAAUUCUUGUGUAGAGGGAUCCAUUGUGAUAGGAUGUAUUGGACCAAAUAAAACGUUGAAAUCUCCUGAUAGUUUUGGUACUCUUAGUUGUCCAUCUCCAGGAAAGGUCGUAUUCUGCAAUUCUGCUAGUAAUAAACAAUUAUGGGAAAAUUUAAAAUCAUUGUCCGUUUUAAAAGUUCAUAAAAAAAUGACCCCAUACAAAUAUUUAAAUCAAAAUAUAGUUUUUUCUGCUUUGACGAAUAACUGCUUAGAUAACGAUACUCCUUUAGAAUCAAAUUGUUUGUUUUCGAUUGACAAUUUCCUAUAUUUUUUACUAUUUUUGAUUUUUACUCUAUUUGUCAUAGUGUUACUGGUUCUAUCUCUUAGAUUGUGUUGUUCUACAUCUUAUAGCCGCCAAGAUAAUGUUACAAUUAAUACACCUGUUGACCGUCCGUCUCCUUAAACGCAUUACUAAGAAUUAUGAAACGCUGAAUUUAGAAAUCUAGCAUUUAUUUUUGUUUUUAAAGUAACAAAAUAAUUAGUUUUAAUAAUAAAUAAAUUUAUUUAAAAUUUUUUCAGAAACUCAUAUGAUUUCAGCGAUAACGUCAUUUAUUUUUGAAUUUUUUUUUUAACGAAUUUUCUUUUUUUUUAAUUUCAGAAAAUUCAUUUUUUGUGAAAAUUUUUUUAUGUACAUGAUAAAAAAGAUUUAAACAAAGCUUAACGUAGGUAGACUGUUAUA